CGACUAAAGAACAACAACAAAAACAUGAGGAAAGCAAAUUCUAUUUUACACAAAUGAAAACGCAAGUCGAGCUCUUCUUUGGGCCUGUGCUCAGCUAACUCAGCUAAAAUAUGGUGGGCUGUCACAAAACAGGCACUGGGGUGACCCCGCUUGACGGCUGCAACAUGCUUUAAAGUGCAUCAGGGGAGCAGCUGUGACUGCCCUGGGGGUGGCUCGGUUCAUCCUUCAUGCCCUGAAGGCAGGGCUAUGGCCUCAGGUUCACAGCCGGGAUUGUCUCUUCCUUGGGGUGAAGUUGAGAGAGCAUCCUGGCAGCCACCUCAGGGCCUGGUGACCUUUGAGGACGUAACUGUGUUUUUUGAGGCAGAGGAAUGGGCUCUGCUGGAUCCGCACCAAAAAGCUUUGCAUAGGGAAGUCAUGGAAGAGAAUUACGAGACUGUGGCCUCUCUAGUAUCAGACCUCAAUUCCUGUUGGGAAGAAGGAGAAGAUCCACUUAUCCGGCAUCCUAGAGAAGAGGAGAUAUCAAUCGACGUUCUGAAACCAGACCUCGUCUCUAUGUCCGGAGAAAACCCAACAGGACAGGCCUCUGAGGAAGGGAAGAAAUUGGCAGAUGAUGUGCAGAAUAAUGGGAAUUCUAGGGAGCGGUGGUCGCCAGAGAUCAUCAAGAGCGAAGUAACAGAAGAGAUGACAGAAGAGACGCAAAACAAUGGGAGUUACAGGCAGCAAUGGAUUUUGCCAUCGGGGAUUGUCAAAACUGAAGGCGCAGAAGAGAUGACGGAAGAGAGGCGGCACAAUGGGAAUUAUUGGGAGCAAUGGACUUUGUCAUCUGAGAUCGUCAAGAGCGAAGCAAUAGAAGAGAUGACUGAGAAUCUGAUGGGAAUAGAAUGGCAAGAACAAAAUAAUUCCAAGUGUGGGAAGAUGAAAGCGUUUGAUGCUCAGAAUCCUAACCUCCAACCGACUCCAAGGAAAAAAGUGAGGCCAUCAACUUUUUCGAAGUGGAAGCUAGAAAAUCCGUGGCUGGAAAUGUUUGCUGAUGUUAUGAUCUGCCUCAUCUGCAAAGAAUUUGCACGGGCCGAGGAUACGAGUUUCGUGAAAGGCUGCACAACAUUCAAGAUUGAAACGAUAAAAAAACACGGUGCAUCUGCUACUCACCAAAAAGCUUGCCGUGCUCAAUUAGCCAGGUUGAAUCCAAUGUCCGCACCCCUGUCAGUCCCGACGGUGCAGGAAUUAAGAACGAUGGACAGCAAUUUGCACAGUAACUUGGAGAAGCUGUUCAAUACGGCAUACUUCAUCGUCAAGGAGAACUAUUCGUUUGACGACUUCCCGGCGUUAUGUGCAUUGCAGAAGAAAAACGGCUUGAUAGUGGGCGAGACGUACAGGAACGACAAAGCGGCCAAGCAGUUUGCUCAUUACAUUGCGGAAAGCCUUCGGCUGGAGCUCAAGUACAAACUGAGCAAAGCAAAUUUCUUUGGGAUUUUGGCCGACGGCUCGACGGAUAGAUCGAACGCGGCUUCCGAGAUUGUUUACUUUUAUUAUAUAAAUGAAGCGGAAGUGAAAUGUAGUUACGGAGCCCUUAAGGAAUGUCCUAGUGAGGAUGCAGGGGAAGUGAAGUCGACCAUCGAGUCGGUUCUCGACGUAUACAUACCCGAUUGGAAAAGCAAGCUGACGGCCAUAAGCUUCAACGGGGCUAGUGUUGAUACGGGCAACGCGUCUGAGGUUGCGAAAUUGUUACAGGACAGCUGUCCAGGUCUGGUGGCCGUGCACUGCGUUGCUCACCAACUGGAGCUUGCGAUAGGGGAUGCCUUAAAGUCCGUCAAAUUCGCCGGGCUUGCCGAAGACGUCGUGAAGGGUAUAUACACGUUUUACCACAGUAGUCCUAAAAGGGCAAAGGAGUUGAAAGAGAUCGGCGAAGUCCUGAACGAGAAAGUGCUUCGCCACAUGGGUAUCACCGGAAUCAGGUGGCUGCAGUCGAAGAACUCUGCCGUGAAAGCCCUGGCCAACAAUCUGCCCAUCGUUGUGGUGCACUUGCAGCAGAUUGUGAGUGGCUCCAGCACAAAGCCAGAUAGGAAGCUGGAGGCCAAGCUGAAGGGGUACUUGAAGCGUUUGAAGUCGGAGCGCUUUGUCAGGUUUUUGUUUUUCAUGGACGACGUUACGCACACGCUUACGAGGCUAUCCGAGGUGUUUCGGAGGAAGUGUGUGUCCGUCAGCGAUGUGAAAACCAGCUUGACGGCGACGAAAGAGAGGCUGCAGAGGAUGGUGAAAGAGAGCGGGCCUCAGCUGCAAAAGUUUGAAAGUGCCGCGCAGCUGGAAGGCGGCGUGUUAGUGUACAAAGACGUGGAAAUCAUUAGCAACGCAAGCGAAGUUGGCUGCUUUGAGGAAGAUCGGCGUGUCUUGCUGAGUUCAAUCGUGGAAGCGAUCGACAAAUGGUUUGACCGCAUCGGAAACGACAGAGUUCUGCGAAACGUGGAGAUAUUUGACCCGUGCAACAUACCCAAACCGGUCGGUGGAAGGGACACGUCCGCAAGUAGCCACGGAGAAAAAGAACUGAGUGAACUAUUGCAAGCCUUGCCCAGCAACGUGAGAGUCGACAAGGAAGCCAUCUUGGAGGAGUAUCAAGAGUUCAAAGUGUGGGCUGGCAACAAGACAAGCAUCACGUGUGAAGAAGCUUGGCAGCGCCUUCAAGCAGAGUCAACGGCUUGUGCUUCGUAUAUUAAUAUAUGCAAAGUUUUGAACUUCUUACGAGUCCUCCCACUUAGCACUGCCGAAUGCGAGAGGGGGGUUAGCCAACUAAACCUGGUUAAAACGGACAGUCGGAAACGUCUGCUUGCGACGACCAUUGAUGACUUACUGAUGAUCAAGAUGAAUGGUCCGGACCUAGAGGUUUUCAGUGCUGCAAAUGCAGUUAAUUUGUGGUGGAACGAUGUUGCCAGGGGGCGCAUUAGAAGACCCCACUUUAAAAACAAAGACUAGGGUGUUUUAAAAACCGAAGUAUAGUCCCAAUAUUUUAUUAUAUAAACAAAAUGAAACAGGUAAGUGUGAUUUAUUCAUUCGCCUUUUGUAACAAGCUUUGCAGGUUUUUUUUAGUCCUUGUCACAGAACUCAUAACAAAUUUAUAGUAAUCUUGGCAAAUAAAUUAGUCUUACAGAUUACUGUAAUGAUAGUGCCACCUUCUUAUAAUUGGUUUAUGGCUUUAGCAUAAGUCAGGGCCGAAUCUAGGUUUUUUGUCACCCGGGUCAAAGACCCAGUUUGACCGCCCACCUCCCGGAUGUGUGUUUGCAUACAUACACAUACAUACAAACAAACACACACACAAACACAUCAACACAUUUAUUCUUAAAGGGCAUAAAAAGUAGGCAGUAUAUCAUUUGAAUACAAAGGAAUCCUAAGAAGCAUUAUGACUGUAUGGCCAAAGGGUCAAUGAGCAUCCCGUUCAGUAAAAGCAAAUUGCUUGUCAAAAGUAGAACUUCCAUGUGCAGCAAUUGUCUAUCUGAGGUCAGGUUUUGAAUUGGAUUUAAUUGGUCACAGGAUCAUUAAAAGACUGCAUUUCCAUAAGAUCAGCCAAGACCCUCUGGUUUCCUUUUAAAAUACUCCCCCCCCCUCUUGAGGCUUUUUGCCACCCACCCUUCUUAUUGGUUCUGUGCAAACCCUUUCAAGGAGUUUUGACGUGUGAAUUUACUCCUGAGUAAGCUUCAACAAGAUUCCUUUCAAUUAUUAUUUUUUUGAUUACUCAUUUUAGGAAAUGAUGGUUUUGUGGUCGUUUUAGGUUCCAUGUAAGGUGGAAAAAAUGCUUUUUAUGAGUCUAAAGUAGAAGGUGCCCUUCCGUUACAAUCCUAAUGCAGCCAGACUGACCAGAGCUUGCCAGGGAACUGCCUCUGGCACGAAAAAUGCUCACACACCCCUUACUUUCCUGUGUGUAGAUCAUGUGUAGUCUGUAAAAUGAAUCAACCUUUGCUAUUUAAACACAUUCAAAGUUCUGAAGGAGUCAUAGAAUUGUAGAAUUGGAAGGGACCCCAAGGAUCAUGGGUAA